ACAAGGCCGAUCAAAUCAUCUUAGACUGCAUAUAACACAAAGGGUUCACAGCCUUUGGAUUUUGAAGAUUGAAGAAGCCUAAUUUACGAAGACUUUAUAAGCAACUUAUUAAUAUGAUCAAAGUUGGACCGGCUGGGGGUCUUGGAAAGACUUGGGAUGAUGAGGGCAGAGAGAAAAUUGUACAGAUUUUCGUUUCGCACGGAGAUCAAAUCAACUCUCUCCAGUUCCUCUAUGUUGAAGAUGGAAACUUGGUUUUGUCGGAGACGCACGGUGGUAAUACCGGUCCCAAGUUUAACGUGGUAAAGCUUAAUUAUCCAUCAGAGUAUCUGACUGGCAUAAGUGGUUCCUACUAUUACAGCAAUACUUGCAGCCAGUGGCUAAUUUUCACAGUAGCAUUUAGCACCAACAACAGGACAUACGGACCAUUUGGAGUCCCUCACAAACAAGGGUAUGCGUUCGAAUAUCAACUGGGGGAAGACCAUCCAUUUGGUGGAUUUCAUGGACGGGCAAGCGAAUACCUUAAUGCUAUUGGAGUCUACGUUAAGCCAAUUACAAUUCUAGGUGAUGUCAAGGCGAACGUUAAAACAAAGAAAUUUAAGUGCCCCUUAUUGCGAUCCAAUUAACUUUGUGGUUUCAUUACGGUAACAGGAUAAUCAGCUGUUUCAGCAUUGUCUACUUUUAUUCCCUAUUUGGUAUACAAAUUUGAAGUUCAAGCAGUGUAAUUUCGUCGCGAUCGAUGGAUCAGAUAGUGUGAUCUGGUUGAGUUAAAAGCUUGUGGCAGAUAAUAUUCUGCAUUUCAAGUUGAUGGUUUUGAUGUAAUGAUUUGUAUCAUCUCCUGGAAAUAUACCAUGACAGCCUACGCAGGCUGAAACGGGCUCGAUGAAGUUA